AUGGCAACCAAUAGUUCGGUGCAACCACCUGCUGUGACAGGUCAUACGUUAACGAAUAUAGACAAAAAGUGGCUGUACUUAUUCGGAGGAAAAUCUCAGGAGAUCUCAACUCUAGAUACUAUUUAUAGAAUUCAGAUACCUGGAGCCAACCAGUGGGAACAGGUUAAGAUUAGGGGAGGUAACUUUCCCCCACGUAGAUUAGUCGGUCAUUCAACAGUAUUUCAUCAGGAAUCUAGAUCACUGAUUGUGUUUGGGGGAUAUUCUCAAAAAAAUGGACUUGUGAGUGAACGAACACGACAGAUGCACAUGUUUAAUAUUGAUGAUGGAUUUUGGUCGGUGAUUCAUAAUAAAAACUGGGAGGAGCCAUCUUUACCCUAUCAGCGAGCGUUUCAUUCGGCAGUAAUCAUGGGAAACUAUAUGGUAGUGUAUGGUGGUAAUACCCACAAACAUCAUCAAUUAGAGUUAUCUUAUUGGUUAAUGACUAAUAAGACUAAUGGAUCUUUGCCACAUCUUGUGUUCUUCAAGAGAUUGUAA